AGUAUAGCUUCAGCGCCGGUCUCGUUCAGUCACUUCCGGGGCGGAGCGGAAGUUGCUUUGUUUUGCUUCAAGAUGGCUGCGGGCAUGUAUUUGGAACAUUAUCUGGACACCCACACCCUCUAUCAAAACAAAAAAGAAGAAGAAGAAGAAGAAAAAAAGAAACGAAAAAUGGUUACCAGGAACGCUGGAGUUGUUGUAGAGGCACUGACCCCCAGCGAUGACCCUGGUAUUGAAAACCUGCCCUUUGAACUGCAAAGAAACUUCCAGCUCAUGAGGGACCUGGACCAGAGAACUGAGGACCUGAAAGCUGAAAUUGACAAGUUGGCUACUGAGUACAUGAGCAGUGCCCGCAGCCUGAGCUCCGAGGAGAAACUGGCCCUUCUCAAACAGAUCCAGGAGGCCUAUGGCAAGUGCAAGGAGUUUGGGGAUGACAAGGUGCAGCUCGCCAUGCAGACCUAUGAGAUGGUAGACAAACACAUUCGACGAUUGGACACAGACCUGGCCCGUUUUGAGGCUGAUCUGAAGGAGAAACAGAUUGAGUCAAGUGACUAUGACAGCUCUUCCAGCAAAGGCAAAAAGAAAGGCCGGACUCAAAAGGAGAAGAAAGCUGCCCGUGCUCGCUCCAAGGGGAAAAACUCAGAUGAAGAUGCCCCCAAGGCUGCCCAGAAGAAGUUGAAACUUGUGCGCUCAAGUCCUGAGUAUGGGAUGCCCUCAGUGACCUUUGGCAGUGUCCACCCCUCUGAUGUAUUGGAUAUGCCUGUGGACCCCAACGAACCCACCUAUUGCCUUUGUCACCAGGUCUCCUAUGGAGAGAUGAUUGGCUGUGACAACCCUGAUUGUUCCAUUGAGUGGUUCCACUUUGCCUGUGUGGGGCUGACGACCAAGCCCCGGGGGAAAUGGUUUUGCCCACGCUGCUCCCAAGAGCGGAAGAAGAAAUAGAUAAAGGGCCUGGGAUCCAAAUACAGUUCCUUCUCCAUCCCCCGACCUGGGCUAGUAGGGAGAGGAAUACCUGUGCUGGGGCCAGGGGUUCAGGGAGAAAUGGAUGGCACAGUGUGGUCAUCCCUUCACCACCCCUCACCCCCAUUCCUGGUGCUGAGGCUGCGUCCAAACCCUGAUGUAUAGGGGAGAAGGGGUGCCACAGCCACUAAUGGUGUGUGUUCUCACCCAGCCCAGCCCUUCAGAGUGAAGUGGUCUUGCCCACUGUCCUUUUGCCUCCAUGCUGAGGUUGGUGCUGUAUUUCUAAGGGAUGGUCCUCCUCACUCCCCUUGCUUUGUAUUUAAGGACUGGGGCAGUAGCAUGGGGGCGCUCUGCCAGCCCUGGUUUCUUCCCUCUUGGGCACUAUGGUGUGAUAAACAUUCUUCAUUCUGUCCCUGCUUUUUUCAUGAUGGGGUCUCUCCUGGGUCAUCUUGACUUUAACCCUAAAUGGGCACCUGCCCCCUCCUCUGUGCCAAAAGGAUUCAUUCUGACUUUGUGAGUGGGAGAGGGGGCAAAGUGCAUUGCAGAUAACUCACCUGUAAAAGACUUUGGGUAGGUGAAUAAAAGUUCUACAUGUUG